AUAUUUCCAUUUAUUGCCCCAGCAUGAAACAGUUGGCAGGCUAAACUCCCAACUGAUCUGUACUCUUGAGCAACAUAGACAUCAUAAUUCAUAUUUGUUUGUAUAUAUCAACUCACAUUCUAUAGACAAAAACACAUAAACUCAUUAACAUACAAUGUCUCACCCAAUUUUCCAAUCUAAUGAGAACAGCCCUUAUGGAAACUUGACAAGAGAAGAGUUUUACAAGCAACAUAAUAUCAUGAACAAACAAAGUUUCAUGUCAAACAAACAAAACAUGAAGAUAUUCACACAAUCUUGGCAGCCUGAAUCAAGUAAUCAGUUAAGAGGCCUUGUAGGCAUGAUUCAUGGUUAUACGUCAGAAAGCAGCUGGCUUUUUGAGCUAAAUGCAGUAGCCAUGGUGAAAGCUGGGUUUUUCGUUUGCUCUCUUGACCUACAAGGUCAUGGUUACUCAGAAGGCUCACCUGGUUACAUACCAUGUAUUCAACCUUUAGUCCAAGACUGCAUACAGUACUUUGACUCUGCUCGUGCUGAUCACCCGAAGCUCCCUGCUUUCCUGUAUGGUGAGUCAUUAGGUGGUGCAAUUUCUACACUCAUAUGUCUAAGGCAAAAGACUGUAUGGAAUGGUCUGAUGUUAAGUGGACCGAUGUUUGGAGUGUCAAAGAAAUACAGACCUGUUUGGCCACUGGAGAAGCUACUACCAUUGGCUGCCUUCAUAGCACCAUCAUGGAGGAUUGUGAUCACCAAACCACCUGCAUCUAUAUCAUACAAGGAAGGCUGGAAGAGAAAGAUUAUCUCAAAAAGUCCAAAUCGCCUGGUUUCCGAGAAGCCACCAGCUGCCACUGCACUAGAGCUUCUGAAAGUCUGUGAGUAUAUACAGGGGAACUCUCAUGAACUACAAGUCCCUUUGCUGAUUCUUCAAGGUGGGGAAGAUAAGGUAUGUGAUCCUGAAGCUGCUAAACUUGUGUAUAAAUCGGCAGGAAGUAAGGAUAAGACUAUGAAGAUUUACCCGGGAAUGUGGCAUCAACUGAUAGGUGAACCAAAUGAAAGUGUGGAACUUGUUUUCAAUACUAUGUUAUCAUGGCUUGAGGUGAGAGCAGACUUGGCAAAAAUUUAAUAGUUAUGAUCUUAAGUUAUUCAGAUGUUUACACACAUCGUCAGAACUUCUCUUCUCAUUAACACAUAACCUAUGAACAAUAAUUUGUAAAAGCUACUGGCAAUUACUGAUAUCGCCAAUUACUGAUAUAGCCAGAGCAAUUUCCGUUCUACUAAAGUAGUGUUCUAUAUGCUUAAAUGAUUGAACCUACUAGGCAUGAUAAUAUCAAAAGUAAUUACUAAUCAGAUAUAUGGUUCUCAAUACAGAAUCCUUUUUUUUAAGAGUUGAGCACAUGGUUCAGUUAUUUCAUUUGACUUCCUGCAACAACGAUGAGCUUCUGUGUUGAUUAGCAAUGCCUAAUAAGCAAGAAAUAACAAAAAAUG